AUGUGGAGAGGGUGCUGGUGGUUGGGCGUUGGUCUCUCACUCAUCUUCUCUCUCUCUCUCUCUCGGGCGCGUCCUGACUUGAACAGCAACGACAGCAGCAGCGAGGCCAAGCUUGUGGCCGUGCUGCUUUGCUAUCAUCCAGGGUAUUUGGUGUCCCGAGCCGCUGUUACCUUGCUGGAUGAAAUCUCCAGCUCACUCCCACAUCUGCAUGCUACUCCGGAGGAUGAUAUGCAUCACCUGCUGCAUGAUCCAUCAGAGCCCCUGAUGCACUUCAAUGCCAACGAUGUCGCAACUACGCUGGCUUCGACUAGCAUGCCCACCACGGGCAUGCCAGUCCCCAUGAUGGGUGCAAGCUUGAUUCCAGAGCACCACAUCAGCGCUGCUGUUGAUCAUCGUGUCUUCGCCGGCAAACGCACCAACGCGCACAGCUAUGCGGCCCAUGACGACGUUCACCCGGCUGCCAAACGAGCCGCGCCUGUGGCUGGUGUUGAUACCAACAACCAUCCCAUCAUCACUCACGGCUUUCCCGACAUCGGGCCUGUCGUUUCCCAAACCCUAUCUGCCCCACCUGCUCCACAGCCCAUGGUCAACCCAAACUCACCCGAGCUCAAACCCGCCGUGGAUGACUUGUCCAGCUCGUCCGUGCCAGAAAAUUCCGACGCUGCCUCGAGCCUCCUGCCUCCCGUCGUGCCCCCUCCGCCCCCGGAAACGUUCAAAAAGACAGUGAUCAAACGGCAGGGUCCCUUGAAGACGGCCAUGGACAAAAAGAUGGCGCACAACGCAGUUGAGCGCCGAUACCGCAACUCCAUCAACGACCGUAUCACCCACCUACGUCGGCUGUUGCCGCCCACCUGGACAACUGGUCCAAAAGUUAGGACAAACAAGGCUGCUAUCUUGCAAAAGGUGACUGCCUAUUUGCACUUUUUGAUUGAAAACAAUCAGGAACUGCAUCGGGAGGUCACCAGCCUACGCGAGGUGCUGGCUGCCCACGGCUUGGCCGACGCUGGCAAUGCAGUGCCGACUGUCAGCACCAAUCCGACGGCCAACGUGCUGGAAGAUUUACUUGCCUUUGACUCAGCCUAUGAUGAAGCCUAUCCACCAACCGAGCCUUCGACCCCUUCCACUGUGCCGGCGCCGGCCGCGGCUGCCAUGGCCAUGCUGAACGGCACGCGGCGCGUUCAGACCGGCAACAUGUCUCCACCUUCGGAUGUCGACAGCGGACACGCCACUUCGCCCAACGCACCUAGCAGUCCGGGUAGCGUGCGCUCCAUUUCUCCUGGCGCUCCCGGGGCACCGGCCACGGCCACCCGCAUGUUUAUGGUGGCCUGCGUGGCUGGUUUUACCUUCUUCUCCCAUUCGCUCUCCGCGGGUUUUGGCGGAGCUGUCGAGGGGCCCGCCAUGGCAAUGGGCCCGGGUCGCGUUCUUCAGAGCGUGCAGGCGUCAGGCGCCGGGGUCAACACCGGAGGCGAUGAAAGUCUUGGCCUCUGGUCAACGGCCCUGUUCUGGUGCAUGCAAGUGGUGUCACUAUUGUUGCUGGCUGUGGUCAUUGUUAUUCGCGACCCCGUCACAGAAUCGGAGUCUGCCAAGAUCAAAGCGGCCCACGAGCAUGAACGCAAGACAGCCGUGGCGCGCAUGCUGCAACACCAUGAGACAGCCAGCUGGCACGCAGACAAGGCUUUGGAAUGUUUGAAUCAACCGCAGCUCGGGGCUUCGCGGAUGCAGCUCGGCUUGGCCAACCACGUGCUUCGUCAGGCGCUGCACACCUCGCGCCUUGGUCUCUGGGCAGAGCGCUAUUUUGCUUCGUCACACGGACCCGCUGCCGCCGAAUUCUUGGCUGUUUUGGCCCGUACCUAUCAUCAUCGUCAUCAGGUUAUGUUGGACACGCGCAAGGACGCCGUAGUCACGGCCGCCUCGCUCGAGUGUGCCCUGGCCGCUGUCAAUGCUGCCGAAGCCGCUGGCUCGCAACUGAGCCCCGUGGAGCUUGGUCGCUUUUAUGCGGCUCUAGCCGUCGAGCUCGUGCUGCAGCGAGGUGGCUCGUCCUUUCUUGCUGGCAUGUAUCUGGACAAGGCCAAGGCCGUGGCGGCAUGUGCGGCUGCAACCGCGUCACUGGCCCGCGAAGCCUGCCGCACGGCGGUUGGGCCUGAGCAAGCCGAUGAGGAGGACGCCGAGUCCGACCAUGACGUGUCCUUGGAUAACGACGGCGAAGGCGACCCCAUGACCGACCCAAUGGCCAACAUGGAAGAAUGCGAGUUUGCUUGGAUGUUCGAGCCACAGGGUCGCACCUAUCUCCUCGACGGCACUUGGCUCACGGUCAGCGCUUUGGGCGCCCGCAAGCCUGGCACACUUCUCUCGCUCAGCGUCGCCUUUCGGCAUCACCUGCUUCAGCAGGGCAUGCAAGAUUUGGUCGCGGGUCGCGACCUGGCUUUGGCUACUAGCCGCCUGCUCGAGUUGGGCAAGCACGCCCAUGUGGCGAAUCAUGCCCACGAUCAUUGGUGGGCCUUGGCCACCAUGGUGCCCAUGCAUUGGCGCCAGGGCCAGCUGCGCGAGGCACGUAGCAAGCUCGUGCAAGCAGAACGCCUUUGUCCCAAGCGUGACCUGCUGCAAGAAAGCCUCUACGCCGUCCUUCGCGCUCAGCAGGCUCUUUUGGAUGGAGAUCACGCCCUUUGCUGGUUGGCGCUACAACGUGCCUCCUGCUGCUACGCGCGUCUCCCCCCAGCUCAUCCCGUCUUUGCCCCAGCACUCGACGAGAUGGCGCGCUUUCUGGUCCUGCGCCAGGUCAUGGGUGUUCGCGUGGCCCUCUAUCGUCUGCGCUCUUAUCUGCGGCGACUCCCUGAGGCGGAGGUGGAUGCUCUGCGCGAGCGGGACGGCUCUGUGGUGACCUUUGAUGUGAUGUUGACGGCAUUGCAAAACGAUGUCGACUUGGCCACGGCCUUUGCUCAGUCUUUGCCCUACAGUCAACCGCAGGCGCUCCUGUUGCGCGGCAUCUGUCGCUGCUUGGCCGGGGCUCGCACAGAGCCCACAGAGCAACUGUUCCAACAAAGCUGGACGUUGGCUGAACAACUGGAGCAGCCCUAUGAUGUGGCGCUGGCCAAGUUGCACAUGGCCAGUUGCUUGUCCUCGAGUCUACCAAAGGCCUUGCUUCGUACGCAGCUGGAGGAAGCCAUGCAUCUCUUUGAGCGCCUGGAUGCCGUGGAUGAGCUCAACUCGUGCCGCAAGUUGACCAAGCUCUUGGAUUCUCGUUAAUGAUGACCAUGGCACGCACAUGGUCUUGCGAUGUUGAUGUUGACACUUUGUUCAUUUGGCGAUAAAUCUGCUUUGUGUGCCGAGCACGUGAAAAAGCACCCUCGAAGUUUUAUGGGUGUUGCGCGAUUUGUACCCUAUUCCGGUUGUGAGAUGGCCCUGUUCGGCCUUGGCUGCGCACCUCUUCUUGUUUUUGUGUUUUGGUGUUCUCAAAAUUAAAUUUUUAACAUUGGGUGCAUUUUCGCUGACAAUUCACAUCAUUGAUCACU